UUCAGUCAUUAUUCAUGAGCUUUCGCGGGCUUUUUGCUCACGUGAUUCCAUUUCGCGCGGAAAAUUCGGGCUCUGUAGGCUGCUCUAGUUUAGAGGAGUUUGUCGGGUUGCUGUAAAGCCUGAAUCGAGUUGGAAAGAAGCAGAGAUGGCGGAUUCUUCAGAGUCGUCCCAUGCAGCCACCAGCCCUCCACGCAGCUCUCGGCGAGGAGAUGCCUUCACUUCCAGCCCAGGCAGAGAUCUGCCCCCCUUUGAGGAUGAAUCUGAAGGACUUCUGGGGGCUGAGGGGCUCCCUGAUGAAGAGGAAGAAGAUGGGGAGGAGCUGAUUGGGGAAGGGAUGGAAAGGGACUACCGUCCCAUUCCAGAGCUGGAUGUCUAUGAACCGGAGGGCUUGGCUAUGGAUGAUGAAGAUAUAGAGGAACUGACUGCCAGCCAGAGGGAAGCAGCAGAUCGAGCUAUGAAACAGAGGGACCGUGAGAUGGAUCGUGGUUUGGGCCGCAUACGGAGUGGUCUGCUUUAUGAGAGUGAUGAUGAAGAUGAGGACCGUCCUUUGCGGAAGAGGCGCCUAGCUGAGCGGGCUGCUGAUGGCAUAGAAGAUGAGGAUGAGGACAUGAUUGAGAGCAUUGAGAACCUGGAAGACAUGAAGGGGCACUCGGUGAGGGAGUGGGUGUCUAUGGCAGCUCCUCGUCUUGAGAUCUACCACCGCUUCAAGAACUUCUUGAAGACUCAUGUGGAUGACCAUGGCCACAAUGUCUUUAAGGAGCGGAUCAGUGACAUGUGCAAAGAGAACAGGGAAAGCCUGGUGGUGAAUUAUGAAGACCUGGCUGCCCGGGAACAUGUCCUUGCCUACUUUCUUCCUGAGGCCCCAGCUGAAAUGCUGAAAAUCUUUGAUGAAGCAGCCAAAGAAGUUGUGUUGGCUAUGUACCCCAAGUAUGACCGGAUUGCUCAGGAAAUCCAUGUCCGCAUCUCACAUCUGCCUCUGGUGGAGGAGCUGCGAUCUCUUAGGCAGUUACAUUUGAACCAGCUGAUCCGGACGAGUGGGGUGGUGACGAGCUGCACAGGAGUCCUCCCCCAGCUCAGCAUGGUCAAGUACAAUUGUAGCAAGUGCAGUUUCAUCCUGGGGCCUUUCUUCCAGUCCCAGAACCAGGAAGUAAAACCAGGCUCUUGCCCAGAGUGUCAAUCUACUGGACCCUUUGAGAUCAACAUGGAAGAGACAGUCUACCAGAACUACCAACGUAUAAAAAUCCAGGAGAGCCCUGGAAAAGUGGCGGCUGGCAGGCUCCCUCGCUCAAAGGAUGCCAUUUUUCUUGCUGACUUGGUUGACAGCUGCAAGCCAGGGGAUGAGAUUGAGCUAACUGGAAUAUACCAUAACAAUUAUGAUGGUUCUUUGAACACUGCCAAUGGGUUUCCAGUAUUUGCAACAGUGAUCAUGGCCAACCAUAUUGCCAAGAAAGACAACAAGGUGGCAGUUGGGGAGCUCACAGAUGAGGACAUGAAGAUCAUUGUGGGCCUUUCCAAAGAUGAGCAGAUUGGAGAGAAAAUUUUUGCUAGCAUUGCUCCUUCUAUCUAUGGACAUGAAGACAUCAAACGGGGUCUGGCCUUGGCUCUCUUUGGGGGAGAACCCAAAAACCCAGGAGGAAAACAUAAAGUCCGUGGUGACAUCAACGUCUUGCUUUGUGGAGAUCCUGGGACAGCCAAGUCUCAAUUCCUCAAAUAUGUGGAGAAAGUAUCCAGCAGAGCGAUCUUCACCACUGGCCAGGGGGCUUCUGCUGUUGGCCUGACGGCCUAUGUGCAGCGGCAUCCAGUGAGCAAGGAAUGGACCUUGGAGGCAGGAGCCCUGGUGCUGGCGGACAGAGGGGUGUGCUUGAUAGAUGAGUUCGAUAAGAUGAAUGAUCAGGACAGGACCAGCAUCCAUGAAGCCAUGGAGCAGCAGAGUAUCUCCAUCUCAAAGGCUGGCAUUGUCACAUCUCUGCAAGCUCGCUGCACUGUUAUUGCUGCUUCCAACCCCAUAGGUGGGCGCUAUGACCCCUCUUUGACGUUCUCAGAAAACGUUGAUCUGACUGAGCCCAUCAUCUCUCGGUUUGAUAUCCUGUGUGUGGUCAGAGACACGGUGGAUCCUGUUCAGGAUGAGAUGCUGGCUCGAUUUGUUGUUGGUAGCCAUAUCAAACAUCACCCCAACAACAAGGAUGUUGUAAAUGGAGAUUCUCAAGAGAUUAUCCUUCCUAAUACUUAUGGUGUAGAACCCAUACCACAGGAGAUUUUAAAGAAGUACAUUAUCUAUGCUAAGGAAAAAGUCCACCCAAAACUCAACCAGAUGGACCAGGACAAAGUGGCAAGGAUGUACAGUGAACUCAGGAAAGAAUCCAUGGCAACCGGGAGUAUCCCCAUCACAGUGCGUCAUAUUGAAUCCGUGAUCCGAAUGGCCGAGGCCCAUGCCCGCAUGCAUCUGCGGGAUUAUGUGGUGGAGGAUGAUGUCAACAUGGCCAUCAGGGUGAUGCUGGAAAGUUUCAUUGACACACAGAAGUUCAGUGUCAUGAGGAGCAUGCGGAAGACUUUUGCCCGGUACCUCGCUUUCAGGCGGGAUAACAAUGAGCUUCUACUGUUCGUUUUGAAACAGCUGGUAUCUGAGCAAGUGAUGUAUCAGAGGAAUCGCUAUGGGGCUCAGCAAGAUAACGUUGAGGUGCCAGAGAAAGACUUAGUUGAGAAGGCUCGCCAGAUCAACAUCCACAACCUUUCUGCCUUCUAUGACAGUGAGUUGUUCAAGAUGAACAGGUUCAGCCGUGAUGUGAAGCGAAAACUGAUUGUGCAGGCCUUCUGAGGACUAUGGAUUGCUGGAACUGCAAAGAAUAAGAAUUUGGAACUGUGCUGCACAUAGUGAUGUUGUGCCAGACAACUUCCUAUGCCAUUCCUUCAAGCAUAGCAGGAAAGAUGUGGAAGCUCUACUUGUGAAUAGAAUAGAAUGGACCUGAGUUAUUCAUUAUGCAGAACUGUGUUUCAUUGUGGCUGACCCUGUUUGGAUGAGACCUGAAAAUAGUGUUUUUGCUAGACCUGUGUCAGAAAUUUGGCCCGAUCUGGGCAGAACAAUGGGUGGGGGAAUAUCGGUUAGAGUCGUUUGUCAGAUCGAUGAAACCUCUGUAACUAGGAGUCGCUUUGGAUAGUCUAAAGAAGCACUGGGGAGAGGAAGCGUGAUUGGAUUGUGCUUCCUCUCCCCACACUUUGUUUAGAAUGUCCAAAGCAGAGCCCAGACAUUUUUCCCUCUGGAGAAACCAUGCUAAUUGUCUCCCAGAUAUGGAGGCAAUAAAGGCAUCUUCCUCAAAUGUGUGGGUUCAGCUUGAGACAUUGGGAAGAAGCAAAAGAGCAGCUUCCCUCUAAAGCUGCUACUAAGUCCAGUGUUGUUGGGUAAUGCAGCACUUAGUAAUUCAUGUGUUUGUGUAUGAAAGGUUUAAAUUGCUUCUUUUGGAGGCUGCUAGAAACUAGCUUUUGUUUUCCUCCUUUCUAUAGGCUGUUAUAUUUGCCUAGAAAAAAGAGGAGGGAUUUGUUUUAAAUGGCGGGGGGGAUGAAGGUUUGCAUUUCUAAACAUGAGUGCUUUGCAGCAGCUUUCUGUGAAUAAAGGCAAUAGCAUUGUA